AUGGCAAACUAUGACGAAGUCAACAAGCUGCGACCUGGCGAUCCCGAAUCAUUGAGCUACGGGGCUACAUCUAGUGUCAGAUUUGAAGAAGAGGGGUCACCCGAAGAAAAAAGAUUGUUGAAUAAAAUAAAUUUGUCACGGGGAAAGACAAAUCACAAGGGCGUUCAACACUAUGCUUACUGUGUUGUUUAUGCACUCGUGAACGUUAUCAUUGGUGCUCCCGCACUGUAUGGAUAUGCAGCAGUCAUUUUCAACAACCCAAUUUUCGAUGGCCACAUGAAUGCAUUGUCAAAGUUGGUCAUAUUUUCAUCGCUCAUGCAUCAGCUAGGAUUCACCCUUUUCUCGAAUCUCGAGUAUGCCAUUGGAAUGGUUCAGGAUGCUGGCUUGAUUUUUCUAUCUCAUAUGGCGAAUACAAUCGCUGAUCGUAUGGUUGAUGAUGGUCACAGUGAAGAAGAGAUUUUGUCAACGACUCUGGUGUUGUUAUGCUUAGGUACGGCUGCGUUGGGUGUUGUACUGAUCCUGAUGGGGAAAUUCAGACUCGCCGAUGCGGUAGCAUACCUCCCCAUGCCAGUUGUGGGAGGCUACCUUGCUUUUAUCGGAUACUUUUGUCUGCAGGCGGGGGUUGCCUUAUGCAUUUCCACACCAAUGAUGAAUCUCUUGGAUUGGGGGCAUAUAUUCGACAAAGGCAAUUUUGUGUUGGCUGUGCCAGGCUUGCUUGCUGGCUUGGUAUUAACGAUGACAUCUAGGCUUGCAAAAAGUAGUGGGGCGUUACCAAUGGUCAUGAUUGUGAUUCCUGCCUUGUUUUACUUGAUAACCUUUUUGCUGGGCUUUUCUUUGGAUGACCUACGAUCAGCUGGUUGGGUUGGAGCACACGCACCUUCAGUUCCGGUUAGCGAUCUCUUCCGAUUGGUUGACUUCGGAAUGGUACGGUGGGACUUGGUUCCCGAAAUUCUGCCGACCUGGGUAGGGAUGGUGUUUGUUGUUUCAUUUUCCAGCUGUCUCGAUGUUGCUGCAAUCGGUAUCGAUAGGGGAGAAGCUCUGGACACAAACAAAGAAUUGGCAACCGUUGGAAUUUGCAACCUCAUGUCAGGGGUAACUUUUGGUUUUACUGGCAGUUAUAUUUUCUCGCAAACUAUCUUCACUUAUCGCACUGGAGUUCACGACAGAACCAUUGGUGUUUUGAUCAUGGUUGCUUUUCUCUACAUUGUUGUUUCCCCGGUGAAUGUGCUGGAAAUCUCUCCCUUGUUCUUCCUUGGUUCUACGCUGAUUUUUAUCGGUUAUGAUCUAAUGCUGGAGUGGCUCUGGGAAGUACGCCACCAGGUCUUCCUCACGGAAUAUUUAAUCGUAUGUUUCACAUUUUGUGCGAUCCAGGUUGUGGGGAUCAAUUUUGGUGUCGUGGUUGGUGUUCUGGUUGCGAUUGUGGAGCACAUAUUUUCAACAGCACAUAAUACAGUUGUCAACAGAGUUGAGAAGCGAUCGAACGCAGUGUGGUCCCCUUCAGAUUUAAAAAUCCUGAAUGACGGAGCUUAUAGUGGCGGCUCUCCAAGAAUUGUGACACUAGAGGUGAUCGGCCCGGUGUUUUUCGGUUCUGCUCUGCAUCUACUGAAUCUGAUAACAGAUGAAAUUGGGCUCGAUCAGAGUGAUGGAGAUUUUGCUGGGUCAAUGUCGCCUGGGACGCCCCACUCAUCAUCCGUCAUCUUGACAAAAAAUCAAUCGUUUUAUAUGAAAAGCGGGAAGAAGCCUCAUAUCCGCCCACCGUCUUAUCUUGUUUUGGAUUUAGCAGGAAUGACCAAUUUAGAUGCAUCAGCAGCGCGUGGCUGCUUUUUGCAGCUGGCUAAAAUGUGUGCCAAGAAACGGAUCAUGGUAUGUGCAGCUGGUGCUUCUAACAAGACCGAGUGGAUGCUCCGGAGCCACGAUGUUUCGCUUGUCGAUGUCGAAGACGAACAAUUGGUUAAGGAACGGUUGCUCGACCCUGAGCUUCGGAAAGGUGCAAAAUCGUCACUUGAAAAGAUUCUUCUAUUUUUAACGGCCCAAGAGGCGCUUGAGUUUUGCGAAACACCAAUUGUCCAGUCCUCAAACAAAUCGAAAAGAUCAUUAUCCUCCUCUAAGCUCGUCGGUUCUGAGGAGCAAUCCAUUUCAUUUGUGCUCGCUUACAUUCUUGGGUCCUCAAACGAAGAAGCGAAGGUGCUAGGUCGUCUGGAAGACAAACGCUUCCAUGAGAAAAUUGUGUUAAAGUCAAAUGAAAAAGUGUUCUACAAGAAUACAUAUCCGGACGCAUUCUAUGUUGUACUAAGUGGGUGUGUUGCACGGCAAACCACUUCGCUAAUUCCCCCAGACCCGCGAUCAAAGCUUGUGCUUACUGGCGCAGGUCGCGUUGAGCAGAAAAAUAUGAAUAGUGCAAUUGACCUGUUUGAUGACAAGUUUAUAGCAGAGCAAAAAGAUGCACUUAAAAAAGGUGUUGUAGCGGUCUGGCGCAUUGGUGGCAUCUUCGGUUACUUGGAUUAUUUGAUGGAGAGACAGAGAGUAUUUCAAGCUGCAGCAACGCAAGAAGGAACUAUGAUUGCGAAGGUCACCCGCUCCCAUAUGGAUGUUUUGAAAUCAGAAGAUCCAGAACUACAUGCUUUAGUACAGAAGGCUCUCUUAUAUGCAUGCACGAUGGAUCUCGCUUACAGAUCGUAA